UGAAUUUGACACUUUAAAGGUGGACGUGUACGAAGAUUCAUAUAAGUUAUUAUGCCGACAAAAAAUAAACGUGUAUUAAUUUGGCAAGAUCUUUUGUCCAUAUAGCACUUAAAAGAAGUAAAGAACAACACGCAAAACCUUCACCUAUAUAUAGUUGACUAAACCGAAAUCAAAUCUCAUAAUACCAUUUGCAAGGAAAAAAAGAUGAUUCCCUCAAAACUUGGCACACUCUGUUUCUUCUUCCUUUUCAUACAUCUCUCUCACUCAGCCACAGAGAGAUGCAAUCGAAAUGACAAAAAAGUCCUCCUACAAAUCAAGAAAUCCCUAAACAACCCCUACCACUUAGCCUCAUGGGAUCCCAAAACCGACUGCUGUGACUGGUACGUGGUCGAAUGUGACCCCACCACCAACCGCAUCGUCCAAUUCAACCUCUUCUCCGGCAACAUCUCCGGCCAAAUUCCGGCCACCAUCGGAGACCUCCCCUUUCUCGAAACCCUAGUCUUCCGGAAGCUAACCAAUCUCACCGGAACAAUCCCACAAUCCAUCACCAAACUCACUAACCUCAAAAUCCUCAGGCUAAGCUACACUAAUCUCUCGGGGGCAAUUCCGUCAUUUCUCAGCCAACUCGAGAACCUCACCUUUCUCGACUUAUCGUUCAAUAAUCUCACCGGAGAAAUUCCCCCGUCGCUCUCGCUGCUCAAAAACCUCGACGCUCUCCACUUGGACCGGAACAAGCUCACCGGAAAAAUCCCCGACUCGAUCGGAAAGUUCGCCGGAAAAACGCCGGAUCUUUACUUCUCCCACAACCAGCUCACCGGAGCUGUCCCGAGAUCAUUGGGUGACUUAAACUUCACCGUGCUGGAUUUUUCAAGAAACAAGCUUGAAGGCGAUGCGUCUUUCUUGUUUGGCGAAAACAAGACUGUACAGAUCGUCGAUUUGUCGAGGAAUAUGUUGGAGUUUGAUCUGACAAAGGUUGAGUUUCCGGCGAGUUUGAGUUCGUUGGAUGUGAACCAUAAUAGGAUCACGGGAAACUUGCCGGACGAGUUGACUCAGUUGAAUAUGCAGUAUUUGAAUGUGAGUUAUAAUAGGCUUUGUGGAAAGAUUCCAAUUGGUGGGGAUUUGCAGAGCUUUGAUAGUUAUUCUUAUUUCCAUAACAAAUGCUUGUGCGGUUCUCCAUUACCCUCCUGCAAUUGAUUUUUAUUCAAACAUUUAUUUCUAAUAUGCAGUAUUUAUGUUAUUGAAACAUAAAAUUGUUGCUAAUGUAAUAGUUUGAUGCACAUUGUUGAAUAAAAAUCAGUAUUCCCAAUAAUAUCCCUAGUUGGGCUAACU